CAGAAGGCAAAAGCCAUUCCCAAUCCCCUUUCUCUCUCUCUCUAUCUCUCUCAGCUUCCAUCAAUUCUCUCUCUGUCUCUGUUAACAUGGAUUUCCUCAGCACAUCAACAAAGUCCAUGAAAACACAGCUAGCCAUAGCAGACGCCGCCUCCUGGUACUGCGGAAUCGUCCUGCUCUGUCUCCUUCUCCUCUGCUCCGACAACUCCUCCUCGGACGCCUCCGACGCCGUUUCCGUCCGAGGAAAUCAGCUGUCCAACAACCGCCCGUGCGACGAAAUCUAUGUGGUCGGAGAAGGCGAAACGCUCCACACCAUCAGCGACAAGUGCGGCGAUCCUUAUAUAGUGGAGCAGAACCCCCACAUCCAUGACCCCGAUGAUGUCUUCCCAGGCCUUGUCAUCAAAAUUACUCCUCAUCCUCUUACUAGGUAGUUCAAAUUUUACAACAAAAUUUUAUACUAGACAAUAAUUUUCCUUUUUUUUUUUUUUUUUUAACUUCAAAAUACUUAAGAAUCACACAGGUUAUAGAAAAGUUAAUUUCAGUUUUAAUCUUUUUGUAUUUGGUUUUUGAAUUUAAAGCUGACCAAAUUUGAUUUCUAAAUAUUAAAAAUACGGUCUACAAGUAACAUAUUUUAUAAACAGAUAUAAUACUUUUUUAAUAAUCUAGAAUCAAAUUUGGUCGAUUUUAAAUUUAAUAAUAAAAAAUUAAUAUUUGAGAGAUGAAAACUAUAAAUAUAUCUACUUUUGAUGUAACAUUUCACUUUGUUCUUAAACAAUUGAAUCCUCAACCUCGGCCCAUGUCCGAGCGCGGGACAAAGAUUUGGGAAGAUGUACUGUUGUUUGCCUGUUUGUUUGGGGGAAUUGUAUCAACCAAAGUAGAAUUUUAUGUACGGUUAAAAGGUAAAAAGUGGGAUUAAUUCUUAAAUUUGAAUUUAAGAAUUUGUUUCUACUUUUUAUUUGGUUAUUAGUGUUGUACACGGAAAAGGAGGAAGUGAGGAAGACAUAUAGCAGGAUGAUGUUAUAGAUUGCUAAUUUAUUUGAUCAUCAUGGUGAAUGAAGUAUAUAUACACAGUUAAUAUCUCC